AUGUUAAAUUCAAAUAAUGAGGCGCUUCUCAAACAGGUCAAUAAAAACCAAACUCUCCUCAUCCAAAAAUUAUAAGAAGACAUCCAAGUCCUUAAUGAAGAAAUAGAAGCGUCGAAUCAAUAAAUUGACACUCUCAGAUCCGAACAUCAUCUAGCCUUGUCUCAGCAAUUAUCCCUCAUCGAAGAUCUUAGAAAUGAAUCUUAGAACUAUCAACAACAAAAUAUGGAACUCCAAACCAAAUUCACUUAAUCUGUCUUGCAAAACCAAUUGCUUCAAACCAAGUAUGACAAAAAGAACAAAUAAUAUAAAGAUUAAAUCAUAGAACUCAAGCAACAAAUCAAAUUGAUUCAUCUCAAAAAUUAAGAUUAUCAAAGGGAAAUUAUAGACCUGCGUAAAUCCUUAGAUGUCAAAAAACUUGAACUUUCCAAAUUCAAUGACAACUCCUCAAUAUUAAACGAAUAAAACAAUCAGCUUAAGGCUAAUUUGGAUCUGCAAAAAGUUGAUUAUGAAAAUAAAAUCGAGCAAAUCCAAAACCUAAUCCAAGAUAAAGACGAAGAAAUCACUCUCAUCUUAAAUGAUAACAAAUUAUUAAACAAAACCAAUCUAGAAUUAAUAGAAGCAAAUGCUAAUCAAUCCCAGACUCUUCAAUCUUAGAUCAACACACUAGAGUAACACAACCAAACCCUUCAAAUUCAAUUAUCUGAUCUCCUCAAUGAAAACAACCUCCUAAAAUAAUAAUUCCAAUAGCAAACCUAGGAAAUGCAAGUCAUACCCUCCUCAAUAUAGUUGCAAUCAGCUGCUGAAUCUCAAUAAGAAAUGGUAUAAUUACAAAAUUCCAAUUUGCUGAAUCAGAGUAACUAACUGGAGAUUAUAUUAUAAUAGAAAGAAAGUGAGAUUUCAUCCUUUUAAUAACUUAUUCAAGAGCAAAAGGAUAAAUUAACACUAAUAUAAUAAUAGUAUUAAGAUCUAGAAUUCUUACAUCUUUAUGAAGCCCAAAUUAUCGAAAAGAACAAUUAAGAAUUACUAAAUUAAAUCGAUAAUUUACAAUAAUAGAUAUCUAAUCUUACAUCCGAAUUGAAAGAUUCUGAAGUUAAACAUAUUUAAGUUAAACAAAUGUAAGAGACGACUAUAUCGAAACUCAAUCAUGAUGUUCGAUUAUUGGAAUAAAAAAAUGAAGACUUGAUUUUGCAUAAUAACAAACUUAUCAAUGAAAUCAAGUAAAAUGAAUUAAACCAAUAGAAAGAAUCUACUAUUAUUUGUUAGAAAAAUUCAGAAUUUGAAAUCUAACUUCUAGAAUCACAACAUUAAAUAGAAGAUCUAAAAUAAGAAAAACAAAAAUAAGUACAUGUUGUUGAAAUGUUGAAUCGUUAAUUAUAAGUUCAAGUACAAGCACAAUCUAAAUUAGAGGAAGAUAUAACUAAGUAUUAAAACUUUCUCAUAUCCCACGACAAAUAAUUAGAAGCCAUCACUUCUAAUGAAAGUUCUGAUUCUAGUGAUUCAAGUGAAGAACCAGUUACUGAAAAAUCACAACAAUUGAAUUUUGAUGCGCUUUGUAAUAAAUUAACAGAAAAAAUUCGAUUAAUCUAACUAAGAUUAGAAAUUUAUGAAAAAUAAAUUAAGCAAUACAAGUAAGAACUUCAUUCUAAAACUACCGAAAUUUAAAAGCUCUUUAGUGAAAAUUCUGAAUCCAAUUUAAAAGUAUAAAGGUUAUCUUAAAUUCAACCUAAACUAGAGAAUUAACUUGAAAAUUAGGAGGAAUCUUUAAAAUAAAAAGAUCAAACUAUUGAAAAUCUAACAUUAUAAAACACAAAGCUAUAAAUUUAGUUUAAAGAAAUUGAAGAAUCAAAGUUAGAACUUGAAAAUUAAAUAAAACUACUUCAAGAAGAUUAACAAAGCCAAUCAUUAGAUUUCUAAAACUAAAUUCUAGCUCAAGCUAAAUCAUAAGAUUUAAAGAUUGAAGAAUUAACAAGGAUAAAUAAUAACUUUGAAAUUCAAUUGAUUGAAAGUGAGAACAAACUCAAACAAUUGUAGAUAGAAAAUGAAUCCUUGAAUCUAAAAAUUGCGUCAUCAGAUAUAGAACUUUCUAAUUUAUAAAAUCAACUUUAACUUGAACUUGUUAUCAAAAAUGAUUUAUAAAGUAAUUUAAAUUCUAUUAAAGAAGAAUAAAUUUAAAAUUUCAAUUUAAGUAAUGGUGAAACAACAGAAGUUUCAGUCUUCGAUCAAGUAUUUCCAAACAUCAAUUAUUAAAUGGUAUUAUUUACAGAGGAAUUGACAGAAAAGAUAAAGAAUAACUUAUAAAUCAAGAUGGAUAGUUUAGAUAAAAAUCUUUUAAGAAUUAUUAACAAAUAUUAAAAACUAUUAGAGAAGGUAUAAAAGAAUUAUCAUAAUAUUUAAAAUUUAUAUGAACUAAGUUAAUAGACCUUAAUUUAAUAGGAAAGUGCAUAUUAAGAUUAAAAGGAAAAAUUAUCAAAUUAAAUUAACACCUUGUAGGAAGAAAUCAAUUCAAAAAACAGUCAUAUUCAUUAAUUAGAAGAUUAAUAGAAGAAACUAUUGCUUGAUUUAUCUAACAUAGAGUAGCAAAAUUAAGAUAAAUAGAUUAUAAUUAAUCAAUAAUAACUAAAAUUAGAUGAAAUUCAUAAAACAAAAAUAGUUGAACUAGAAAAAAUAGUUACUAAUUAGCAAUCAGAGUUGGAGUAGAUUCUAACAAAGAGUAAUUAAUUAGAAUAAUAAGUAUAAGAUCAAAAAAGUUAAAUCCAUUCAAAAUAAAAUAGAAUAAAUGAAUUAAAAUAAGAAUUGAAUCAUUUAAAAAAUGAUUAGACUGGGGUGUAAAUCGAUUAAUUGAAAUUUUAAUAGCAAUAAAAUCAGAUAUUAGAACUCAUUUCCAAUAAUACAAAUUUAACUCAAUAAAAUUUAGAUAUAUAACGCAGAUUAAAAUAAGUAGAAGAUUCCAAUCAAGCUUUAUAAGAUAAAAUAAAUCAAUUAACUAAAUAAGGAGCUAGCUAAAAGGAAAUAAUUAACUAAUUACAAUAAUAAAAUCAAUCAGAAGUUAAAUAAAGUCUGGCCUUAAUGUAACAAAUGGAUCCUUUAUAAAAGUAGAUAGACUUUUUAACACGAGAAAAUCGAAAACUAUAAUAAUCAAACACUGAUUUUGAAAAAGCCUAUGGAAAAUUACCUAUUUAUGGAAGUCCUAGCCCUAAAAAAGUUUAAAAUAAUGAUUAAAUUAAAAAAUUAGAAGAUGAAUUGUAGCAGAUUUAAUUGAGAUUCUAAAAAGAAAUGGGAGAAAAGGAUAAAGAAAUAAAUCAUAUUUCUAUCUAGUAUGAAUUUUAAUUGCAAUAAUAGAAGGAUUUAAAUUAGGAUGAAAUUAAUAAGCUAGAACAAAAUUGUAUAACUUUUAGCAACGAAUUAAAGCAAUAGUAAAUUUUGAACAAUAAACUAUUGGAAGAAAAUGGCAAAGUAGAAAGAGAAAAGUUAUAAUUAAUUGAAAAGGUUGAGAAAUUGACAUAAUAACUGAAUGAAUGCAGCCAAAAUUAAUAAAUGUUUGCCUAAUAAGAAAGCGAGUUGAAAAGAUUUAUUGUGCUUCACUAAUAAGCACUAGAUGAAAACUAAAAAUUAUAGAAGCUUUUUAUCAAUUUAGAAGAGGAAAAUAAAAAUUUAAAAUAAUAACAAAGUUUAUUAAGCACAUAGUUAGAAUAAUAAUAUAAUGAAUUUCAGUCUGAGGUAAAGUAAUAAAAGGGAAAUUAUGUUGAAUAAGAACAUUUGCAUUUAGAAUAAAUAAAAACGUUGGAGCAGAAAUUAUGUGAGAUUAAUGGUGAAUUACAAAAUAAUCAGAUGUAAUUUAAUAACACAAAUGAGAGUUAUGAAAAAGUAAUUGCUGAUAAGAAUGAAUAAUUAUAAAAUUCUAAGAAGGACAUUUAAGAUUUAUAAAAAUAAAUAAAUAAUUCAUUGGACUAAAUUAAUCAAUUUAAGAAUUUAAUUGAAGAAAAGGAAUAGUAAAUAUAAAAUUGUAUUAAUGAAUCAAAACAAAUUGAAGUUGAUUAUAAAAAUAAAUAAUAAAGUCUUUAACAAUAAAUUGAUGAUUAGUAAGAAUAAUUAUAGAAUUCAAAGAAUAAUGUCUUGGAUUUAUAACAAUAAAUAGCAAAUUAAGAUGUUUAAAUUAGCUAAUAAAAGAAUGUGAUUCAGUAAAAGGAAUAGCUUAUAUCAAAUAAAAUAAAUUAAUCUAAAGAUUUAAAUUUAGAAUUAUAGAAUAAAUUAGAAAAACUUUAAUAAUUAAUUGAUGAUCUCAACUUAAAAUUAAAGAAUUCUUAAGAUAAUACCUUAGAUCUACAAUAAUAAAUAAAUCUUUAAGAAGAUUAGAUUAAUAAAUAAAAAAAUAUAAUUGAAGAAAAGGAAAAGUAAUUAUAAGCCAAAAUUAAUGAAUCAAAACAGAUAGAAAUUAAUAAUAUUAAUAAAUAAUAAAGUCUAUAAAAAUAAAUUGAUGAUUAGCAAGAAUAAUUAUAGAAUUCAAAGAAUAUUGUCUUGGAUUUAUAAAAACAAAUAGCAAAUUAAGAAAUUUAAAUUAAUUAAUAAAAGAAUGUGAUUCAGUAGAAGGAAUAGCUUAUAUCAAUUAAAAUAAAUUAAUCUAAUGAUUUAAAUUUAGAAUUAUAGAAUAAAUUAGAAAAUCUUUAAUAGUUAAUUGAUGAUCUCAACUUAUAAUUAAAGAAUUCUUUAGAUAAUAACUUAGAUCUAUAAUAAUAACUAAAUCUUUAAUAAGAUUAGAUUAACAAAUAUAAGAAUAUAAUAGAAGAAAAGGAAAAGGAAAUAUAAGCUAAAAUUAAUGAAUCAAAACAAAUUGAAGUUGAUUAUAUUAAUAAAUAAUAUAGUCUUUAAAAAUAAAUCGAUGAUUAGUAAGAAUAAUUAUAGAAUUCAAAGAAUAAUAUCUUGGAUUUAUAAAAAUAAGUAGCAAAUUAGGAUGUUUAAAUUAAUUAAUAAAAUAAUGUGAUCUAGUAAAAGGAGGAGCUUAUGUAAAUUAAGCUAAAUUAAUCAAAUGAUCUGAAUUUAUAAUUAUAGAAUAAAUUAGAAAAUCUUUAAUAAUUAAUUGAUGAUCUAAACUCAUAAUUAUAGACUUCUAAAAACAAUAACUAAAAUUUACAAUAAUUAAAAAAAUUAUAAGAGGAUUAAAUGAAUCAAUAUAAGAAUUUAAUAGAAGAAAAAGAAAAUUAAUUGUAAAUUUAGAUUAAUGAAUAAUAAAAGAUCGAAAUUGAUAAUAAGAAUACAAUAGAAAAUCUUUAAAAAUUGUAAAUUUCUAUUAAUAAUCUCUAAGAUCUCUAGAAAUUAACUAGAAGUUAGGAAGAUUAGAUAAAACAAUAUAAAAAUCUAAUAGAUUAAAAGGAAACGGAGAUAUAAAGUAAUAUUAAAGAAUCUAAAAAUUUAGAAAUUGAUUAUAAUAAUAAAUAACAAAGCCUUUAAAAAUAAAUUGCUGAUUCUACUGAAUAAUUGUAAAAUGCUAAAAAUACAAUCUAAGAUUUAUAAAAAUAAAUAGCAAAUUAAGAAAUUCAAAUUAAUUAGUAAGAAAAAGUGAUACACUAAAAAGAAGAACUUAUAUCGCUAAAAAUAAAUUAAUCAAAUAAUCUUAAUUUAGAAUUAUAGAAUAAAUAAGAACAUCUUUAAGAAAUAAUUGAUGAUCUAAGCUUAUAAUUAAAGAAUUCUUAAGAUAAUACCUUAGCUCUACAAUAAUAAAUAAAACUUAAAGAAGAUUAGAUUUACAAAUAUUAGAACAUAAUAGAAGAAAAGGAAAAGUAAUUAUAAGCAAAAAUUAAUGAAUCAAAACAGAUGGAAAUUAAUAAUAUUAAUAAAUAAUAAAGUCUUUAACAAUAAAUUGAUGAUUAGCAAGAAUAAUUAUAGAAUUCAAAGUGUAAUAUCUUGGAUUUAUAAAAAUAAGUAGCAAAUUAAGAUGUUUAAAUUAGCUAAUAAAAGAAUGUGAUUCAGUAAAAGGAAUAGCUUAUAUCAAUUAAAAUAAAUUAAUCUAAUGAUUUAAAUUUAGAAUUAUAGAAUAAAUUAGAAAAUCUUUAAUAGUUAAUUGUUGAUCUCAACUUAUAAUUAAAGAAUUCUUAAGAUAAUACCUUAGAUCUACAAUAAUAAAUAAAACUUUAAGAAGAUUAGAUUUACAAAUAUAAGAACAUAAUAGAAGAAAAGGAAAAGUAAUUAUAAGCAAAAAUUAAUGAAUCAAAACAGAUGGAAAUUAAUAAUAUUAAUAAAUAAUAAAGUCUUUAACAAUAAAUUGAUGAUUAGCAAGAAUAAUUAUAAAAUUCGAAGAAUAAUAUCUAAAAUCUACAAUAAUAACUUAUUAGCUAAGAAGAUUAAAUAAAAAAAUAUCACAAUUAGAUUCAAGAAAAUGAAAUUGCUUAUUAAGUCUAAAAUUAAAAUUCUAAUUCAAUUAAUUAAACUUUAAACUAAAAGUUAAUUGAUUCUGAAAACCAAAUAUUGAACAUUUAAAAGUUAAUUAAUGAUGAGUAAAAUAAAAUACAGGAACAAUAAAAAUAGUUUAAGGAAGAAAAAGAGAAAGUAGAAUUAGUUUUAGAGCAGUUAACACUAGAAAAUAAAAAGUCCACAUAAUUAGUGAAGGAGUAGGAAGUUUAGAUUAGUAUGUUAAAUGAUAUUAAAUUAGUGAAUGAGAAUUAAUUAGAUUAAGAGUAAUUAAUAAAUAAUUAAUUAAAGAAGGAUAAUUUAGAGAAAGAAUAAAAGAUUAACUAAUUAUUGAUCAUAGAAGAAGAUUAAAAAAAUUAAAUUUCUAAAUUAAAUAGUUAAAUUAAGAAUGAAUAAGAUAUUCUAAAUACUCUAAAGAUUCAACAAGAUGAGGAUGCAAAAUAUUAAAUUAAGGAAUAUGAAUAAAUUAUUAAAAACUUAUAAGUUGAAGUUAAAGAAGUGGCUAAUAUUAACAAAAAAAUUUUUGAAUAGUAAAUAGAGCUUGACAACAAUAAAAUCAAGUUAAUAGAAUCAUAGGAUAAAAUACAUAAAUAGGAAAGUCUUAUUAAAUAAUUAGAGAAAGCAGUAGAAUCAAAUUCAGAAUCAUCAUCUUUUUAGAAAGAAUAGCAUUAGGCAGAGUUAAAUUUUAAGUAGAAAUAAAUAGAAGACAAAGAUAUAGUUAUUCUUGAAUAAGAUACUUAAAUAAGAAAUCUUAAGGAGGAUUAUCAUAAUCUAUAAAAAUAAUUACAAGAAAUGAAUCAUAAAAUCUAAACCGAUUAGGCUUAUAAUGAAGAGAGUUGUAGGUUAUUUUAAACCAAAUUAGAUAAGUUGGAAUCAUAGAAUAAGGAUAAAGAAAAUAUAAUAUAGUAAUUGCAGGUGUAAAGUUAGGAGAUAACCAAGUAAUAUGAUAAGAGCUAAGAAUUGAAUGAAGAAUUAAAAUAAUAAAUAAAUGGGCAAUCUGAUUAACUAAAUCAAAAAUAAUAGUAAAUUCAGAGUUUGGAAGAUAAAAUAACAUAAUUAAGCAAUACAAAUAUAACUUAUGAACAGAAGAAUACUGAAUUUAUUUAGAAUUUCAAUAAAUAAGAAUAAUAAAUUAAUGAGUUAAAUAAUAUGGUUAAAGUUUUAACUUAAGAAAUUUCCGACAAAGAGGAUAAAUAUAAAAAUGAAAUUGUAUAGUAAAAAAAGGAAUAUUUAUCUGAUAAAUUAUCAUUAGAGAAUAGGAUCAAGGAAUCAAUGAUUGAAUGGAAUUAAAAAGUCGAGGAUUAAAGGAAACAUUACGAAAAUUAACAUUAAGAUAUGGAGAAUAAUUUGAAUCAAGAAAGAAUAUUAUCUAAGCAAUUUGAGGAGAAUAAUAAAGAAUUAUCCUUAAGAAUCCAAAACUUGGAAAUGAUUCUAGAGAAACAUAGUUAAGAUAAUGCCGACUUAUUGAGUAGUAUUGAAGAGUUAAGAAGUGAGAAUCAUAAUAAUUAAAGUGAAUUGGAGAAGAUUAAGAAAGAUAAAGAAGAAUUAGAAGUUAAAUAUUAGUAGAUGGAAUAUUAGAAGAAUGAAUCAGUGGAUUCAAACAAAAGUUUAUAAGAAAUGUUAUUUGAAUUAAAAUAGAUUAAUGAGAAGAUUGUAGAAUAAAAUAGUGCAAUUUAAAGAGAGAUGGGUGAAAUAUAAAGUAUGAAUUAAAGUUUAGAAAAGAGAUAUUCUUUAUUGAUAAAUGAGAAAUCAAGUUUAUUAGAACAAGUUCGAGAAUAAAAAUCUGCUUUGGCUGAUCAAUGUCAAUAGUAUAUUUAAUUAGAUAGUUAGUUUAAUCAAAUGCAAUAGAAUUUCAUAAGAAUUGAAUCUCAAAGCAAUAGUUUAAAAUAAAUAAAUCAGCAGUUAGAAUAAUCAUUAUAACAAUAAUAGCAGGUUAAUACAUAGAUAAUUUAGAAGCAAGAAUAAUAGUACUAGUAGCAAUUAGAUUAAUUAACUCUUUAACUUCAAGAUGGGUAGAAUUAGGUUCGAUUGCUUUAACAGAAGAAUGGAGAGCAGAGGUAAGAGAUACAGAUGAUCAGAAACGAUCAAAAAUAAUGGGAGAACAAUAAAGUAAAUGAGAUGGUUUAGAUGAAGUAAGAGAGUGAGAGACAGAUUCAGAAACUGAUGGAUUAGGUUAGUUAAGUAGAAGGGUUGAAUAAGCAAUAUUAGAAUGAAAUUUUGGAGUUGAACAAUAUUAUAAAAAAACAAUUUGAGGAGAAGGAUAAGAGUAGUGUAAAUAAUCAAGUGGUAGAACAGUUGUAAACGAAGCUGAAAUUGAGUGAGGAAUAAAUAGAGAGAUUGCUUAUGACAAAUAGGGCUUUGAUGGAAGAGAAUGCUAAUCUGCAAGAGUAGAUUAAGGAUGAUUUAAACUCUAGCUUUUGCAGCAAUGCAUCAUAAAAUUGCGCAACAAAAAAUUAAGAAAAUGAAGUUUCUCUCCCUUCUAAUCCUAGAUUACAAAGGGCUUACUAAUAAUAUUCGUAAAUCAUCGAAAUUACUCAUCCACUGAAUGUUAAUCAGAAAUACAAUAGUUACUUUACUUUGAUACCAGACCAAUUUGUUGGCACAGGGAUAAAAAAGGCAAAUUCAUAUGAAUCUCGUCUAUCUAAGGAGGAAUGGCAAUAAAAGAGAGCUGAAUUCUGGGAAUCCAGAAUAGAGGGACAGAAGGAAAACUGGGCUACGAUAAAGGCUGCAUUGGAAGCUGAUGAAGGUACUUGUUAUUGUGAGUUAGGAACUGCAAAAACUAUUUUGUAAGCUGCUGACUUAAAGCUAAUCAAGAAUAGUAUGUAAAUUGUUUUCGACAAUCAUGGAUAGAAAUACGAUUUGCCUGUUUUUGUGAUGCAUAAUCCUGUUUCUUUCCCUUAGAAACAAUCUUACGAUCAAAAUCUUUACUAAAGUUUUGACCGUAAGGUUGUUAAGUUUAAAUUGAGAAGUACCAAAUGGAACAAUGACAAGGAGGUUUCUUACAACACAGGAGACAAGGUGGAAUUACUAAUAAAAGAGUUAUAAUAAUAGGAGAAUCCAUAGAAGAUGAGAUUGUAUGCCAUAACAUGUUUGGGAAUUAUGGUGUCCAAGACAAUUCUGUUGUGCAAGCAUUUAUGUUAUGAUUAUAUAAUAAUAUAUAUAUUUAUGAAUAAAUAGAGACGUUAGAAAAUACUUCCUAUUCAACAGCUUUAGGCCAAACUUAAAUAGUUGAAGUAGAGCAUAAGAGCUAGUGAAAUCAAAUCUCUAAGAUCGUCUUGCCUUUUGACUGAAACCACUCCAAUCGACAAAUUGGAUAAAAUCAAAAAACUAAAUCCAAAUAGUAGCGUUGAUGGCAAGACCAUGUAUCUCAAACCUUCCUUCAAAACAAAGAUGAAAACUUCCAAAAGGUAUUUCUCAGUCAUUUUUAGUCCCCAAUCCAUGAAAUUAAAAACGAGUUCUAUGCUUACUUAAAAAAAAACACUACCUUCCCCUCAAAAACCCCUCAAAGAUAUCGUAAAACAUUACAUUAAGAGUAAAAUCCCGAAAAGUCGGACUCCCUCUAAGUCACCACCACAAAAGAUCAAGAAAUUGUCGAGUCCAUAAUAAAGACAAAUUAGAAGUCAAAGUAAGAAGAAGAUCAAAUAUAAAACUACAAUUGGUUCGCCUAAUAAGCUCACUAAGAAAAACAAAAAAUAGAAAAUCUAAAAUUAAUAUUAUUAACCAUAAAUAAGCAAGGUCAGCUCUAUUAGAUUGAACACUUUCUCUGUCAGUGAGGAUCCCCAUAGAAUGUUAAUGAAUCAAAUAAUUGACGAACUGCAAUAGAUGAAUGAAAAAUAAAUCAUAGAUUUACAAUAAUUUUUAAAGAAUAUCAAAUAAUAAAAAGUUGAUGAAGCAUUACAAACUAGUUUGCAUGAAAAAAUAGACAUCUAAUUGAAGCAUUAAUAAAAGGCAUUUCAUGAAAGCCUGCCUCUCAAUAUCAUCAAUGAAAUUUGCCAAUAAAGAGAGUCCACUAUCAACGUAAGAGUUAAAAUGUAAAUGGAUGCAUUUUCUACUUUAUUAGAAUAACAAAAGAUAUCACCACGAUCUUUUAAUAAAAAUGGCUAAGUCUUGGAGCAAUGGAAAUCACAGUCCACAGAUAAAUUACAUAAGUGUCAAGAAAUAUUGCAACAGAUGCAAAGUGUAACAAAUAAAAUUCAGCAAAAGACUAUUUAGGAUAUGAAACUCAUUUAAGAAUUAGAAUCAAACAAUUCAAUUUUAGAAUAAAUGUCUGCCGAUUCAAGUUAUUUAGAGUCUUAGGAUUUACACUUACAUAAUCCAAUACAAAAUUAGUAGUAGGAUUUCAAAAGGAAGGAUAUGGAUUUUGAAUUUCAAGCCACUCCAUAUAAUUUAGAAAUCUAGACAAAUGUUGGAACUGUUAAUUUAUUUGUAGAAUUACUGUGUGUUAGCAUCAUAAAUGAAGAUUUAAAUCAAUUUAUAGAGAGGAUGAAUUACCCAUAUGGUUUAUAGCCAUAUGAUAAAAUAAGGAAGAUUCAUGGAUAUAAUAUAGUCUAAGACAAAAAAUAUGAAUUUCCAAUUUAAGAUUGUGUAUUCUAAGAAAUAUAGCAAAGUAGUAAUCCGUAUGAGUAAAUUCAUAAUAAAGCUAUUUUUGACACUUUUAAUGAGAUUCUAAAUUAAUAUAGACCGUUCUAUUAUUGUGAUGGUCAACCAUAUCCUUGGGAAUUCAAUCGCAAUUUAAUAGUUACUUUGUACAAUGAGGAGAACGCGAGUGUGUUAUUGGAGAAGGCAAAGGAGAAAGUGAUCCAAUAUGCAUCGACAUUGUGUGGAUUGAUAAAUGAUGAUGAUGAGAAUAUAUAAUCGAGUUUAAAUUAUGAGGAAGUACUGCAGAGUUUGAUGAAUUCUGACUAUUUAUAGCAAUUAAGGAACGAGAGACUUUAAUUGUGCAUAAAGAACGAAUUAGAGGAGUAUCAAUAUGAAUGGAGAUAUCACGAUAAGACAGAGACACUGGUGGAGAUAACAGAUUGCAUCUUUGAAGAUUUGGUCAAUGAAUUAAUGGUUGAAUUGUAUUGA